AUGUCUGAUGAGCAAUAUUUUAACAACGGCAGCCAUGCAAACGACAGGAACGACGUCACUGCGAACAGCAACAACAACGCCAAAAAACACGCUGCAAUUCCAAUUGGCGACGUUACAAAGAAGCCAGUCGGUCGAAGCAACACGUUCGCUGCCACCACCAACCACAACGAUCCUCACAACUUCCACCACUUCCCCAUCACCAGGACGACAGGCGCCACCACUCCAGCAAGGAGGUCACGCCCUUUGAGGAGGAGGCGCAAGAACAGUUACAACGAUGAAGCCGAUGAUAGUGAUGACGGACGACUUGAUGAUCACAAUGAUCACAAAAACGCUCCACUGAUCUCACCUAACUGCAUUUAUACUGAAAGGGAAGUUGCCGAUUGUGAAGCAUUCAAUGACAGCCAGACAGCUGUUUCUUGCGACCACGAUUCAUCUGACAACGGGGAGCUCUUGAGUCCACUUCAAACUACUAAAUACGCUGCUGCUGAUGGUAUUUCGGCUGAUGUAGUCGUUGAUGAGGAGAGAAAAAUUACUUUUAAAUCGUACAACAAAUCAGGAAAGCCACCCAGCAAACCCUCAACGCCACCUUCUAUAACAUCACCAAGUUCCUCGGGAAAUAAUGUUAGUGUUGUUUAUAUAAAAUCUGACACCAGCGAUGCUACAGCCGCCGAAUUCAAUAUUCUUGACGAAGGUAUACUUAGGUGUUUCAAUAAAAAACUCGUCAAUGAAUCUACCAACAACAAAACAAUUAACGUCGACAGUUCUCGCGUCCUAAACAACGGUCAGUUCAACGACAAACGUGUAAGUUGUUCGUCUGAGAACGAAGCAUUGAGAAGUUUUGACUUCAUACAUGCAGAGUACAAGGAGCACGCUGCUGUCGCCACCGAGGCUUCCAACAACUAUCAGCAUGCUGGUGUAGUAGACGACAACAAUGCAGCUGGUAGUUCAGACCAGCAACAAGAACCUAUCAUGGUUCAAAAUGUGGUGCUGCUAUCUGAUGACGCAAAUAAAAACAUCGAUGGUUUCAGUCAGGAUUUAGACGUGAAUGAAAAAUGUUUGAGUCGUCAGAUGCUGGAUUGUAUUUCAGUUGAUGCUCCUGACGAUGGCGUCAUUCUGCCAUCCAGCUUACGUGCCUCCAUGAACUCGCGACAUCGAAGAUUCGCCAAAAACGGUCGACUAUCAUCAAAGAGUCACCAGUCGGGCAUCAACCCUGAAUUUGUGGGAGUCAUCAGAGUUGGAUCGGUCAGGGAAAAGUCCAAAAAUUACAACAGCGUGAAGGACAGGGACUUUUUUACCAAGCCUAUCGUUGAAACUAAAUCGGUCAGCAAUCUUUAUGAUGAUAACCUCAACCUCUGUAACAACAUUAAUGUUGAUUGUGAUGCUAAUAAUCACACUAAGAGUCAGGAUAAUAUUUUUGCUGCUGCUGUUCAUGCCGACGACAAGGAGGUGCAGAAAGGAGUUAGUGUCAACACCAUUGCUCAGAUGUUUGAUCAACAUGCUACCAACAGCCACGGCAGAAACAUCGUACACGAUACCAGCUGCAGCAGUAUCAAUUGUGAUGUGAGUAAAAAUAACAUUGGCUCUAAUCAAACCAUUCUUGACAAUGGUUGUCCAAUUCCAAACGCAGCCUCAACAUUUCUGAAUGGUACCACGACUGAUAGUUCAGCUAACAAAGUUGGACCCAAUCUCACGAAAGCAUUUCCAACAACGUCAACUGUUUCACCACAGAUUAGCAAACAAUCCCAACAGUCUGCUACAAAAAAUGCAGAGCAGUCACAACAGAAAUCCACUGCCACGUUGUCUGUUGUUAAGAGAUCAAGCAGUUUGUAUGCUAAAAAUGUCAGUAGAGGAGGAAAUUUUAACAACCAAGUUGAAGCCUCAACUCCAAUCUCUCCCCAAGACAAGUCUCCAAGAAAGUUUCCAGGAAAAAGUUUAAAUGAAUUCAACAAUAAAAAUACCAACAUCGGCAAUCAAACAAUUGUAACAGGUUCCAAGUCUCCACCAUCGUCAACAAGUUUGGACCACAACAACAAUAUCACAAAUGCGUACAAAAAAACAGCAAAUGCAGAGAGAAGAACGGGCAAUUCAAUGAAGCCACACGACGACGUCAACUGCAAUGGCAGCAGAUUCGAAGCAAUCAACAGGAGGUCAAGCACGGAAGUAAGCAGCAGAAGCGGUGGCCACAACACCAACUUCACCACAAACAACAAAAAUAUUAAAAGAUUUGAUGGCUACAACAACCCUGCAACGACAAAUGUUUCCAUGAGCCAUGGAGAGAGCACCUGUAAUGAUCUGAUAGGCGUAGAUAAUUUGUUGCAAGAGUACCAAAAGCAGCAAAAAGAGAUCAACCAUUUGAAGAUGUUAGUUGAGCAAAAAGACUUGAAGAUACAGAAACUGGAGGAGGAGCUCCAAAAGAGUAAAAGCAAAAGAUAUCAAGCAAACUGA